AUGGUCGCUCGCAACGCGCUAAGAGCUGUGGUUUUUGCUGCCUUGGCCAUGGGCGUCUCGAUUCUGGACGCUCGGGUCGUGUCCCGGAAGCUCGUCGAGAUGCGGUCGACGAGCACGACCUCUGCCUCACUGCCCACGUCGAGGGAAUCGACGAAACCAAAGUCGUUUGCGCUUGCAGACUUGGACACCCUCGGAACCAACGACGACGACGGCGACGACGACAACGACAACGACGGCGACGACGGCGAGGACCACACGAGAAACAGUGGUGCUGCUCCGAAGAAAGGUGCGAAAGAAGCGGUCGCGCUUUCGCGCAGAGACGACAAAGCAAAGACGAACGCGUCAGCUGGUACCAACUCUGGAACAGCAACGAGAGACGUGUUUUCCCGAAGGAAGGGAGAAAGCACGAGCUCUGGUGCUUCGUCACGUGACGAGACCGAGGUCGGCACGACUAGUAAGACUGGGAACCGAUCAGCUGCAUCCGAGGAGAAGGAGACGGAGAAGAAGAGGGACAGUCGCAGUCGCGACCCGUUCUCUCGCGAGGUCGAUUUGUCUCCGGAAGACGGCGAUGCGACUCGAAAAGAUGCACCGCACAAGCGCAGCAAGAAAAACAACGACGACGGAGACGACGACGGAGACGAUGAUGACGACGACGACGACAAAGAUGCUUCUUACCGCCUUCCAAAGUCUCAGCGGGAGGCACAGGCCGAAGCUCGCCACAAGGCACAAGCCGAGCGUCGGGCCAAGCGAGAGGCGCAGAAGAAAGUGUGGCGGAAGAUUAAGGAGCAGGAGAGGGCGGAGCGUGAAGCCGCCAAGGCGAGAGCGAGGUCGGACACUAGCGCGAUUCAGGCAGCGGCGGGCGGCAAGCGGAACUCGACGGCGACGAAAGAGCAGCAGAAGUAG